CCCCAUUAGACCAUAGUUCUGUGUGAGAGCAGGCAUGCUAUGUGAAAAGCAACUUUGAAUCUGAAAGAAGAAAUGGACAGACAGAGGGUAAAAAUAAAAGAAUAAAGAAUAACAAACUGGGAAAGGCUUGCAGGAGCUGCUACAGCUGGAAACGUAAAGGAUACAGUCAAAAAGGACACUGGUAUUUCCUUGGAUUGUUUUCUCCCUCGGAUUGUCAUUUCCCGACUUUUGAGCUGAAAGCAGCAAGAGGCACAGCUGCAGGAUGAAGUACAACUACCAUGUACCGGUGUCAACGUACACACGAAGUUCACAGCUCACGUCGUCCUACUACAGCCCCUCGCAUUACACACCCACAUCCACRUAUGCCUCGGUCUCCAAGUACACCCCAACGCAGCUCAGCACCACAAACUACACCCCAUCCUACUGCACGUCCUCCUACAAAACUGCAGCUACGUACGUCCCCACAUACAGCAGAGACUCACGGCACAGCUCAACGCGACGCACGCAAGAAAACCCCGCACCUGUCGUACCCGUGGCACCUCCGAAAAGAACCGUGCACUUCCCCAACGACAUCAUCUUCAAGGACAACGUCAGGCGAGGAGACCUGGAGCAAAUCGGUCGCUUCAUAAGAGCGAGGAAGGUUCGCGUGGAUACAAUCUUUAACUCAGGAAUGGCUGCUCUACACGAGGCCGUACUAACCGGAAACCUAGAGGUGGUGAAGCUACUGGUGAAAUAUGGCGCAGAUGUCCAUCAAAGAGAUGAGGACGGCUGGACGCCAUUGCACAUGGCCUGCAGUGAUGGUUACCCUGAGAUUGCCAGGUAUCUUUUGGCAAUGGGGGCGAGCACAGAAGUCGAGAAUGAAAGUGGAGAAAAGCCUGCAGACCUCAUUGACCCAGACUGUAAAGAGCUGGCCAAGCUUUUUGAGACAGGCUGCGUGUGACGGACGGGACACCAAGUGGACCCAAGAGACAACAACCGCGACAGAAAUAACAAGUGUUGCUCCUCAGAGAAGCAACGUUAAAUAACGUCAGUCCGAGUUACAGAGCAAGGGAGCAUUUAUUUCACUGAUCUGGGAGAGCAAAGGUCUGCUUUUCGCUUUCAAAAGUGAGACUCAGACUUCUAUAAAUUCAUUUUUAAAUAUUACCUUUAACAAUUUUGACAUUUUCUGGUGUGUUUUUUUUUUUAGAUUUAAACUUUAGUUUGUGCAUCUAAGUACUUUUACCACAAGCAUUGGCACUGAUGGUAAUAUGCCUUUACUUGUUCAGGUCAGAAUAUUUGUUCAUUUUUGAAGAAGAUGUAUGUUUUAUUCUUGGGAGCUCUUCAGUUUAAAGAUUUUAUCAGUUGUGUUUGACGUUAACCUAUUUAUUUUUUUACACCUGACUUCAGUCUACAGAUUGGAUGCUUUAAAAUAAUGGACGUAGUGAACAAAAAUAAGUGUUUUAUACAGCAUUGUGUGUCCUCACUGCUGGGCAGAAGGAUAACAAUCCUGAUCAUUAAAACAUACUUUACUCAUGUUUCUAGGCAAAAUAAACUCUAUAGCUUUGUGUUAAAAUAAAAGAAUUAUCUUUUGUUCUAUAAAUACAAAUGACAUCAGUGAAAGAAAGUCUUAUAAUUUUCUGUUCAGUUGAUAAUUUUGUACGUUUUCCUAAAUAAAUAAACUUUUUAUAAAUAUUA